AACCCUGGCACAUUCUGAGACAGACAGACAUUCAAUUGACUGCUACUGUGCUAAAUUCAGGAUUGUCAUCUGCAUGAAUAUCACUUCUCCACGGACAUUUAGAUUCUCUCUAAAUAGCAACAGAGCGUCUGGACCCAGCUGGGGAGUGUUUUUGUCGAGCUCUGCUCUGCUGGCAAGUUGCAGAGCACAGGGAGGUAGAGAAGGAAUAAAAAAACCUUGCAUACACUUCAGCCGUGUUACUGUUGGAUUGUAUAUCCUUUUAGAUUAGCAGGCAGAUCAGAUCGACAGGCAUUCCCACGCAAUAAACCUUGCUGUCUGUCUCUCCGACAUUUGCAACAUUGUGACAAAUGGAGGGAUGCAACAAUUUCCCUCUUCACUUGAUCUGCCUGAGACUGACUUACCCCGGCGCGUAUCCUUUUGUGUCAGAGACCCAGGCGUCCUCCUCAGUCAAUCCCCCAAGAUCGACUGUGGGUUAACCCGGUGGACAGAGCCCCCUCCUUAGCCCCCCUCCCCCUGUCUGUGCCCCCAGUUUCUCUCUAUUCCUGCUUUGCUAUAGUUUCUAUUUACCUUUGCUAAACUACCCUCCUCUUUCUGCUAAGAUCUCUUUCUUUCUCCCUCUAUCUAGCUCGCUCACUCUCUUUCGCUCUCUCCCUCCCACUUCUUGCCAUCUCCCUCCCCUAGCUUCUUCAAAGCCAGCAGUGCUCUAUUCUAUGCAGGAUGCUUGCUACAUGAUCUCUCGGAACACAGCGUUCGACGCUGCUCUCUCGCUGCCUGAUGCCGGAGCUGUCUCAGAUUUUCAUCUCAAGAACGGCAGGAUGCUCCUGCACAGGGAUUGAUCCCCCCUUUUCCCUCUCGUUCUCCCCUUCCCCUCCCCUUUCCUAAUCUCCCGCCCUCUGACCCUCACCCCCGUUUCUCUUUCCCGACACCCCUUCCCAUUCUUUCUCACCCCAAGCCUCCUCUGCCCCUCUCUGCUCUUACCCCCUUGACCAUGUUGCCAUGUGUCUGCUGGCUCCAGCCUUUCCUCGUCUUGCUGUCCUCUGUCUUACGGGCUCAGGGGGAAAACUGUCCAGCUAGCUGCCUGUGCCCGGACCCCCACACUGUGGACUGCAGCGGCCGUGGACUCACCCGUCUUCCUGAUGAAAUCCCCUUGGACGUCCGCAGGCUCCUUCUAUCUGACAACUGUAUCCCCCGCAUUCCCUCUGACUUCCUAGUGCUCUACAGUGACCUGGUCUACCUGGACCUACGGAACAACUCUUUGUCCCACAUCGAGCCGGGCACCCUCAGCACCUCUUCCAGGCUGGUGUUUCUGGACUUGGGCAGCAACAACCUGACUGAGAUCCCCUCGGGGACCUUUGGGCAGUCCCGUAGCCUGAUCAAACUCCGCCUGGGCAAUAACCCCUAUCUGAGCAGGGUCAACGAGGAUGCAUUCCUGGGCCUCACCUCCCUGCGUGAACUGGAGCUGGAGCGUAACGCCCUGUCUGGCCUUCAGGUGGGGGCGCUGAGCCAGUUGCCUUCUUUACGGGUGGUGAGACUGGAGGGCAACCCUUGGGUGUGCAACUGCAACUUUGCCAACCUGUUUGGAUGGCUGGAGGAAAACAGUCAAAAGCUUCCAAAUGGAGUGGAGGGCAUGGAGUGUUCAUUACCCAUGGACGGCAGACGGGUGUCCCUGAGCCAGCUAUCACAGGACAGCUUCCGGGAGUGUCAGAUCACCCUUACCUUAACAGACUUACUCAUCAUCAUAUUUUCUGGCAUCUCUGUGUCUGUAGUGGCCAUCAUGACCAGCUUCUUCCUGGCCUCCAUUGUCCACUGUUUCCAGCGCACAAGCAAAACCACUAAGGGAGAUGAGGAGGAGAGUGAGGAGUGAGACUGACUGUGUCCCAGAGCACGCCUGACCGUGAGACCAGGCUGCUGCCCAACAUGCUGACCAACCUGCCGCCUCACACAGGUGGAGAACUGGGAGAGGAAUAGAGGGAUUGAGUGACACAUUUUGCAUUGGUUUGUGGGGUUUUCCAAAAGCCCUGAUACUGCAGAUGCUGUUCUCUCUGCAUGUGUGGAAAAUAUAUAAACAUGUCCCAAUGAGUUAUAGUCACAGAUAGAAUAGAUCAUUCUCUAUGUCUAUGGUGUUGACAGUGUGCUGUGUUUGCUCUUUAAAAACAUACUGAAUAGCUCUUUAAUACACACAAAUUCACUGGUGGUUGAUGAUUCGAUAGGAACACCAAGAUGUAGAAAAAAUAAUAAGUUUAUAAAGAGUUGCAUACUUUGCAGUUAGCUUUUCAGUGCUCAGCCUAGAUCCAAACAAAGACAUAUCCAAACAAAGACAUUAAUAUUAACAUAAAAGGAAGUAAUACAGAUUUUCAGAAAAACUAUUUACAUUUGGUUUGACAUUUUUACAUCUUACAGAGUUCAUACAGAGUCAUUAAACUGUGAUUUAUUUUUAAAUAAAGUAGCUAUAAGUAGCCGCAGGCUCUUAGAGCCCAAAAUGAAUGCACUGAGUAUUGGCUAAGUGAAAAUGUUUGUUGGAGGAUACAGUAAGUCUCAUAUUGAACCAGGGCCUUAGACUGCCAUUAUAAUCUUUGAGCGGGUCACCUAAGCGUUUUUUUGGGCCAAAACAGCGUAAAAAGUGUACUUUUCGUGAUUGAAAAACACUUUCAGUGUAAACUUAAAUGACUAAAACCAGAUAUAAAGAAUGUAAAAAAGAUAAUAAAGCUAUAUAUAUUUUUUUUUUAUAUAAACUUUGAGAACUAACAAUCACCAAAAGCUAGACAGUCAGGGAGAAUAGAACACUUCAAAAACAAUGCAUUUAGCAGCACUGAUUUUGUUAUUAUGUUAAAGCAUUAGAGCACAGCAUUAGCCAAGGCGAAAUUGAAUAGAAUUGCAGGGAAUUUGCUUUAAAUCUGCUAAGAUUUCUCUCAGCUCAAGGGAUUUUUUUAUUUGAAUUGCAGUAAAUUGGCUUAAAAAUGCUAAAAUGUCUGUACACCAUCAAGAUGGGGGCCGCUAAAAUGUUCAGCCGCACCGACGAGCCGACCGCACCCAAUGCCACUACCCGAGCUAUGUCCAGUAUAAUGGAAUGUCCUACCUUCUCAAGGAGUUCAAUAUGUUUUAUUUUGGGACUGCCUCACAGGUUAACUAGCGUUCUGCAAAAAUGGUUUUGCUGUUGCAGAAUGCAAUAUUGAUUAAGGGCAGCAGGAGGGGUAAAAGGAGUGUUCUGUGAUGGAACAUAUAAUUAAUCUGACAUAUGCAGGUAGUCUCUGAGGUCUACGGAUGGUUUUAUAUCCAGUAUAUAUCCACAGCUGUCAGUAUCAAUGGAAAUAUAGUAAACAAAAUGUUAAAAAAAUAUUUACAUCUUCCAGAUGAUACAUGUUCCCUAGAUUGAGAAUUGUGAAUUGUGUAAAAUUUCAUACAUAUAAUCUAAUAAACAAUGAUAAUUAUAGGUGUAGAACCAAAAUAGAAUUGAUGUGUCAAAUACUGCACUUUAAAUGGUGACCGUUGUAUCUGAGUUUGGCCCCUAACUCCACUAAGUGGACUAGUGUUGCCUAUAUCUGCCAAAGAUUAGGUUUAGAGGAAAUGGGCAUUAGGGACUUCCAUGUGGAUUAUGUAGUGUUCAGUGUUGUAGUCUUGGUCCUUAAUAAAAAGGAAUACACAGUAUAGCCAAAUAACAUUAAAUUGAUGUAACUGUAAAAUCACUUAUGGUCUUCAUGCAGAUUGAUAUUUGCUUUAAACCUUGAUUAACUUGCUUAGUCAAAUGUAUCAUUUAAGCUAGUUGGUUUCCCCUCACAUGGCAAGAAAAAAAUACAUUUAUAGCUCUGGAUAAAAAAAACGGUAUAUUCACGAGAGGAUGUCAAGCUGCAAAAUGCAAAAAGCAGAGCAAAGGAUAACAUCCACAGUGGAAAAAAGUACACUUGGAUUCUUUCUCUUAAAGAGAUUUUUUUGAGGAGGAAUUACAUUAUGAACAGGGCAAAAUAUCAUGUGCAGCGUUUUCGAGUGAUGUGUUUCGCAGUGGGGAAAAGAAUAAGAGAAAUGUGGCCUUAAAAGUCUCGGAAUCAAUGUACAACAUACAGUUGAUGCACAGAGAUGUCAUAUAAAAGGGAUACUUCAGAGCUCUCAGAUGCUAUCCUUGGUUGCUCAUUAUGUUCUGAAUAUUGUUAAGUGUUGGAUUUCAUCCAACAUUUUCAAUGGGAUAGUUUGAGCAAUAAAUGAACAACGAAGACGUCCUUUUCAUGGAAUAUUAUAGUUUAUAUUACAGCCCACAGAUUAUAGUUUCUCAUACCCUGAAUAUGAUGUUAUCUAGCACCAGUGUUGGAUGCAUAUCAAACAUUGGUUGUCAAUGACUACAGGGGAGACCAAGUGUAUAGAUUUUCUUGGCAACACUGCAUAGGAUGGACAGCUACAUGAAUUGCUUAUUAUUGUUUGAGAAAUGAAUAAAUGCUUCAGUUAACCUUUCAUAUGACCAUCAUACAGUAUGUGUAGCAUAACAUUGAGACAUAUAACCAUAAUGAAGACACUGAGAUAAAUACAUGUCUGUUUAUGCAGUUUCCUGUGAACAUAGCAUUGAGUAUGAAGUAACAAUAAUAGCAAUCUAUGAAUUGUCAAGCAUAUGUCAUUCACAAUAUUCAGUAUAAAGGAAAUUAAUUAUCCUGACUAAUCAUCCAUCACAGUGGGUAAUGUGACAGGUAUUGGUUUUACCAUGAAUAAGCAACAGUGUGCAAUAACAAAUAUGUCUUAAAUGAAUCCUUAGCAUAAUGGAAGUCCAGGUCCUAAAAACCACAGAAAUACACCUUGUAAGUACAGCAGAUAACUUCUAACUACUAUGUAGUUACAGUGAAAUGAUAUGACAAAUAUUUUAGUUAGCUUGGAGCAAUUUUCAGCAUGGCGUUUAUUUAAUGAAUUCGAUAAGUUAUUAAUUCAUUUAUUGUUAGAUACGAACAAAGCAUGUAACCCUAGUUUUUAUUUCUGCUUUCCAGAUUCAUAUGUAUAUUUUUCUAUUAAAGUCUAUGGGAUGCAACUCUUCUGUGUCUUCACAUAUCACAUGGGAGGUCUCCUGGCUGUCUGUGCCAGUUCACCUUGACAAUGGUUCUAUAUCCUUGAAGAACACACGUCACUGAUGGAUACUGUCGUAUGUUUUUCUUGACUUAAAAUAAGAUGAUGUCACUCCACUUUAUGUUUAAAAAGUUAAAAGUGGAAUCAAGGCCGUUAAAAACAAUUAGCAUGUUUGGAAACAUAUGGUGUGACCUUUGUGAGCUGUCUGAAUCCAUGUCAUAAAGAUAGUACCAUUGUGUUGUCAGCAUUAAAACUGUUUAAAAUCAUACAAAAGAAAGUAAAUUAGGAUUCUUCUGUAUUUCUGUUACCAGACCUGUAAGCCUUCACACGUAGGGACAUACUAUUUUGACCGGGUCAUUGCAUUAUUCUCGUAGACUGUGAAAAGGUCAUAUUGUGUCAACCACAUAAAUCAUUAACAUAUA